UGCGCGGCAGGGUGCCGGUAGGGACGGCGGUGACUCUGUGGGUGGCUGGAUGGGCCGCGCCUGGGCCGGGGAAGGCAGUGACCUGAAGGAAGGGCAUUUUGGCUAAGGUGACAGGGGCAGGCUGUAGUGGUGGUGAGAAUGCAGAAAGGGUAGGAUCGUGCGUGACACAGCCUAAAGGUAGAGCCGGCAGGAUUUGGUGAUCAUGGCAGCAGAGAGAGGGACAAAGGUCAAAGCCAAGCCGCGAGCUGGGAAGAUAGUGCCUCAAAGUUUGGUGAGGGGGCGAGGGUGGGGAUGGGGUGGCGCACUUUUCAACUCUGGGAAGAUGGAGAUCAAGAGUGACAUGAAAGCCUGCCUGGGAAAGUAAUAUUCAACAAAAACCUGAUGGGACCACUCCUGAUUGCUCUGCACCGAUUCAUUUCUCCAACCUUCCCACAAAGCAAGAUCUGGCUCAUCAUGGCUCGUCCAAGUUCAAAUAUGGCAGGUUUCCGGAAGUGUUUUGCAAGUGCCAAGCACAUAGUCAUCAUCUCCGGGGCUGGUGUUAGUGCGGAGAGUGGGGUUCCGACAUUCAGAGGAGCUGGAGGUUAUUGGAGAAAAUGGCAAGCUCAGGACCUGGCGACCCCUCAGGCCUUUGCUCGAAACCCAUCACAGGUGUGGGAGUUUUACCACUACCGGAGGGAGGUCAUGCAGAGCAAGGAACCCAACCCCGGGCACCUGGCCAUUGCCCAGUGUGAAGCUCGGCUGCGUGACCAGGGCAGACGGGUUGUGGUCAUCACCCAGAACAUCGAUGAGUUGCAUCGCAAGGCUGGCACCAAGAACCUACUGGAAAUCCACGGAACGUUAUUUAAAACUCGGUGUACCUCAUGUGGCGCUGUUGCUGAGAACUAUAAGAGUCCAAUCUGCCCAGCUUUAGCAGGAAAAGGGGCCCCAGAGCCAGAAACUCAAGACGCCAGAAUUCCAGUCGACAAACUUCCCCGGUGCGAGGAGGCAGGAUGUGGAGGCUUGCUGCGCCCUCACGUGGUGUGGUUUGGAGAAAACCUGGAUCCUGCCAUUCUGGAGGAGGUGGACAGAGAGCUCGCCCUCUGUGACCUGUGUCUAGUGGUGGGAACAUCCUCUGUGGUCUACCCGGCUGCCAUGUUUGCCCCUCAGGUAGCUUCUAGGGGAGUCCCGGUGGCCGAGUUUAACAUGGAAACCACCCCAGCCACCAACAGAUUCAGGUUUCAUUUUCCGGGACCCUGUGGGAUAACUCUUCCUGAAGCCCUUGCUCCUCAUGAAACUGAAAGGAUUUCUUAAUCGUCCUGUGGAAAGAAGAGAAGCUCCUGGAGGACAAAGGUCCUAGAGUACAGAAACAGGGCACUAACAGGAGAAGUGGCUCUGUGGAUGGGGAGCUGAACUUUCCUAAGCUCCUGGCAGAUGAUCUGUUAAGUGGUAGAUUUCAAAAUAGCAACAGCAAAUAUGUCUUAUCUGGAAGAGGCUGUCAAGCCUUUUCCAUAUUAUUUGAUUUGAACUGAAAUAUGAAUAAUUUGGAUUUGAUAUUUUGGUUAGUUAUUGGAAGGGAAAAAUUUGUAAUUAAAUUGCUUAAAAAGGUAA